CGGAGACAGCGGGAAAGGCGCAGGGAGUGAGGUGGGGAGUCAGGUCGGCCGACCAGAACCAGCUCUGCGAUGGGCUCUGCCAAGGCCUAGCCCGGGAAGGCCUCAGGCGACGCGCAGCGCCGGAGAACGGGGCGACCGCCGGGCCCGAGAGGUGGCUCCGGGCCGCAGAACCGACGCAGCGGGACCCGGGCUCGGGCCCGGCGCAGACGACCACCCCAACUGUCCACCCUGGGUCGAGGCGGGGCAGCUUCCCGCACGGCGCCACCAUCUUGGAGGCGGAGGCGUCGCUGGGGGGCGUGGUCAAGCGAGACCCAAACAAGCCCACGUGCAGGCCGGACCGUCGGGGUGACGUCACGGCGCCGGCGCGCGCGCCCGCCUUACCCUUGCCGCGGGCCGUAAAGCGCGGAAGGUCGCGGGCUCCUGCGGUCCCGGAACUUCUCGCUCUGCGUCCCGCCUCCCUCCCAUGCCCCGUCCCCCUUUCCGGCCCGCGCAGACCCCCUUCGGCCGCUGCGCUUUCCCUUCGGCCGGGCCUGUGUGAGCGCGCUGUCCGCCAGCCGCGGGCCCCUGAGGUAGGAAGGCGGCCACGACCUGCCGGUGCGGGCGGCCUUUCCGGCCCGCGAACGUCUGCGCGCCCAACGCCUCUGUCCUCGCAGCUUUGGCCUCCGGCUCCCGCCAGCUCCUCCUGGUCUCCGAGGCGGUGCGGUUGGGUUGAGGCAGCCGAGCUGUGCGGGACGCGGGGACCCGCGCCGGCUGUCCCCGGCCUGCGCCGGCUCUCCCGAGGGCGGCCGGGCCUCGGGGCUGGCUCCGCUCUGGCGGCCACGCACCUGCUGUCGCGGCCAGCUGUGCUCCCGCAUCUCGGCGGGGGAGUUGGUUUCCCACCUGGCAUCGUGCGGUUCGGCUGUGCUUUAUCACCUCCUGUCAGAGACUCCAUCAGGGCGGUGGUGAUGCUUUUCCGGUUGCUGUCGAUAGUCCAAAGACAAAGAACUAGCCCAGGAUGGCAGACCUGGUCAUCAGCAAGAAGCAGCACGUCCACUGCCGAGGCACAUUCUAUUGCUCUGCCUGCCCAGGCCCAGGUGGUCAUCUGUGGGGGUGGAAUCAUGGGUACAUCCGUGGCCUAUCACCUCUCCAAAAUGGGGUGGCAGGAUAUUGUCCUUUUGGAACAGGGCAGGCUGGCUGCUGGCUCAACAAGGUUCUGCGCUGGCAUCCUCAGCACUGCUAGGCAUUCAAGCAUUGAACAAAAGAUGGCCGACUAUUCAAACAAACUCUACCAUCAGUUAGAGCAAGAAACAGGCAUCCAAACAGGUUAUUCAAGGACAGGCUCAAUCUCUCUGGCCCAAACUCAGGACCGCUUGAUCUCUCUGAAGCGUAUCAACUCAAGGCUAAAUGUUGUAGGUAUCCCUUCUGAGAUCAUCACCCCGAAGAAAGUGGCUGAACUUCACCCUCUCCUCAAUGUCCAUGAUCUGGUGGGGGCUAUGCAUGUUCCUGAUGAUGCAAUAGUGUCCUCUGCUGAUGUGGCUCUUGCCCUGGCAAGUGCUGCCUCCCAGAAUGGUGUUCAGAUUUAUGACCGGACAAGUGUUCUUCAUGUAUUGAUCAAAAAAGGUCAAGUUACCGGUGUGGAGACGGAUAAAGGACAGAUUGAAUGCCAAUAUUUUGUCAACUGUGCUGGUCAGUGGGCAUAUGAGCUGGGUCUGUCCAACGAGGAGCCGGUUAGCAUCCCGCUGCACGCCUGUGAGCACUUCUACCUUCUGACUCGCCCCUGCGACGCCCCUCUGCAGAGCAGCACUCCAACUAUUGUGGAUGCUGAUGGAAGGAUUUACAUUAGGAACUGGCAGGGUGGCAUCUUGUCUGGUGGCUUUGAAAAGAACCCAAAACCUAUUUUCACUGAAGGCAAGAACCAGUUGGAAAUUCAGAACCUUCGGGAAGAUUGGGAUCACUUUGAGCCCCUGUUGAGUUCCCUCCUGCGUAGGAUGCCAGUAUUGGAGACUCUGGAGAUUUUGAAGUUGGUGAAUUGCCCUGAGACCUUCACACCAGACAUGAAGUGCAUCAUGGGCGAGUCUCCUGUAGUACAGGGCUACUUUGUCCUGGCAGGGAUGAACUCUGCUGGCCUGUCGUUGGGUGGAGGAGCUGGAAAGUUCCUUGCUGAAUGGAUGGUAUAUGGUUAUCCAUCUGAAAAUGUCUGGGAACUGGACUUGCAGCGCUUUGGAGCCCUCCAGAGCAGCCGCACCUUUCUGCGCCAUCGGGUCAUGGAAGUUAUGCCUCUGAUAUACGAUCUGAAAGUUCCCCGUUGGGACUUCCAGACUGGGAGGCAGUUACGCACAUCUCCCCUCUAUGACCGGCUGGAUGCUCAAGGAGCCAGGUGGAUGGAGAAACACGGAUUUGAGAGACCAAAGUACUUUGUUCCACCUAACAAGGACCUUCUUGCAUUGGAGCAGAGCAAGACUUUCUACAAGCCAGAUUGGUUUGAUAUUGUGGAGUCUGAAGUCAAAUGCUGUAAGGAAGCUGUGUGUGUCAUUGACAUGUCUUCUUUCACAAAAUUUGAAAUAACUUCUACUGGGGAUCAGGCAUUAGAAACUCUUCAGUACCUUUUCUCCAAUGACCUGGAUGUGCCCGUAGGCCACAUUGUUCAUACUGGUAUGCUGAACGAAUAUGGAGGGUAUGAAAAUGACUGUAGCAUUGCACGCCUGAACAAACGCAGUUUCUUCAUGAUCUCUCCAACUGACCAGCAGGUCCACUGUUGGGCCUGGCUUAACAAAUACAUGCCGAAAGACAGCAACUUGGUACUGGAGGAUGUCACCUGGAAAUACACAGCCCUCAAUCUGAUUGGCCCUCGAGCUGUGGAUGUGCUGUCUGAGUUAUCCUAUGCCCCUAUGACUCCAGACCACUUUCCAACUCUCUUUUGCAAGGAGAUGAGUGUGGGCUAUGCAAAUGGGAUCCGAGUGAUGAGUAUGACUCACACAGGAGAGCCAGGAUUCAUGCUGUAUAUCCCCAUAGAGUACGCUCUGCAUGUCUACAAUGAGGUGAUGAGUGUUGGUCAGAAAUAUGGAAUCCGGAAUGCUGGGUAUUAUGCUCUUCGAAGUCUUCGAAUUGAAAAGUUUUUUGCCUUCUGGGGUCAGGACUUAAACACCCUCACCACGCCCCUGGAAUGUGGAGGAGAGUCUCGAGUGAAGUUAGAGAAGGGCAUAGAUUUUAUCGGCCGGGAUGCCCUGCUGCAGCAGAAACAGAAUGGGGUAUAUAAACGCCUUGCUAUGUUCAUCCUGGAUGACCAUGACACAGACCUGGACUUGUGGCCUUGGUGGGGAGAACCCAUUUACCGGAAUGGAAAGUAUGCUGGCAAGACCACCAGUAGUGCCUAUAGUUACACUCUUGAGCGUCACGUAUGCCUGGGUUAUGUACACAAUUUUUCUGAGGACAGUGGGGAGGAGCAGGUGGUGACAACGGAUUUCAUCAACCGAGGAGAAUAUGAAAUUGACAUUGCAGGACAUCGGUUUCAGGCCAAGGCCAAGCUCUACCCUGUCACCUCCUUUUUUACUCACAAGCGUAGAAAGGAUGAUGUGGAGCUGAGUGACUUUCAUGGGAAGUAAUGCCAAGACAUCCUCCCUUCCUCCCAUUCUCUCACCUUGAGGGAGCAUCAUUCCGGGAGCUGACUUUUUUCUCUGUUCUUGUCUCUUUGCGGGAGGUACUUUUGUCCUCUAUCUGAAUCUUCAGUUUGACUUACUUUAAAAACUUUUCUUUGAAAGCCUUUCUUGUCCCCCCAUUUUUUCAUUUGCUGUCACCCCUCCUAAUAAUCCAGGCUCUUCUCAUCCCUCCAGCAGGCUCACAUUCCCAGUGGAAGGCAGAAGCCACUUGCGGUGUUAGGUUAAGGUGACAGGCUGAUAGUUAAAUUCAUCGUAAGGCAUGUAGUCAUUAUUUAAGUCUUAGGGCAGAAGUCCAUUUCCCUUGGGCUGGGAUUCUUAAGAAGUAACCUGCUAACUUUGGCAGAUUAUUGUGUGUCCAAUGCAGCCCUGGGAAUAACUUGUGUCUUAACCAGGCAGAUGAUUCUGUUCCACUGUGCUGUAAGCUGCCGCCUGAUACCUCUUAGCCAUCUACCUCACUGAUGAGAGGGCCUGCACGGACACUGCUCUGUGGAAGGGACUAGUAGUUAACCUGGCACCCCUUUCCCCAACUUUGUCCUUAGAUGUUUGGGCCAGGGCAACCUGACUGCAAUUUUAUUUUCGGCUGUUCUGUAUCAUGAGGUUGGUUGUUUCUUAGCUGAGUAUACGUGUGCCAGUAUUUGAAAAGAAACAAACAAAAACCCUGUUGCCUUUUGUGUUGCUUUUCUCAGCAGGAGCAGGGUGAAUGCAGAUGUUGAGUUCCUGUUAGAAGAGUGCUGCUUUUCUUUCCGCUCAUCAUAGGUCAGCAAGCUAGCCCUUCUUGAUUUUCCUCAUCUGUGCCUUGUAUAGCCUGCCUACAACCUCAACAUUCAUUCUUACUCCUUUAGAAGAGGGAGAGGGGAUUAGGUAGGUUGUCUUGGGUGAGUAAGACAUGCUGUACAUACUGCAUUCCAGAGAGCUACCAGAGUCCCAAACUUUACACCCUUAGUAUGAACAGAGCCACAUUCAGUUACCAUGGAGAGCUAUAAGGACAAUUUUCCAUCUUUUCUUUCCAGGCUUCCCCUGGUACCCAUGCACAUCCAGCCCUCCUGACAGAAUUUUGGAAUGGAAAAUGCACUACACAUUUCAGUGGUACUGCUAUUUUCUUUUUGUGGGAUGGCUUAACACUGGAACUCUGGCUAGUGUCAAAUUUGUGGUGGUCCACCUGCCCUAGUCUCCUGAGCACCAGGGGGUUGUGACAGUGUUUUCUGAAAGUAAACUUGGAUGUCACAGGCUAUGCUACAUAACACCAACACUUAAUUUUCUCUUGUAUACAAACUGCCCCAGUGUGGAUUAUGAGAACCUUUAAUUCUCUCAGCAGUUGGGAGGCAGGCAGGUGGAUGUUUGUGAGUUCAAGGCCAGCACUACACAGAGAAACCCUGUCUCAAAAAAUCUCCAGAGACAGCCUUUAAUUCAACGUAGUUCUGGAAGCAUUGGUUCUGUUAAAUUCUUAAUAGAAAUCCUUCACUUAAUUAGAGCAGCUCAAAUUUCUAUAGAACUGUAUUCAGACUACUCUUUUUACACAUUUCUUACAAUUUUUUUUCUCCGCUAGACCACUCCUACUUGGCUUCUGAUAAGAUUUUAAUUGAUUUAUAAAAAAGGCACACAAUUUGCUGUGAAGGGGGAUUACUGUUCUGGAGGAAAUGUGUAUUUAAUGAGAUGAGAGGUGCUGUUUCUAGGCACAGGGAAGAAAGGAGAAAUACUCUGCUAUUGAGCUGAUCAAGGCAACAGCAGCAGUGAACCACUGAGGAGAUCAAGAGCAGGCCCUUAGCUGACCUAUGAAGAUGGAAGUAGAUACACACAACGCCAGGUAUUUUGUGUUCUUUCCAAUACUGUCGAUGGUUGUAAACAUUCCAGAGUCUGUGUGAAUCAAAGUUUAUUUGGAAUUGAAUACAAAAGAAUUUUGACCUAUGCAUUAAUAGUAACAAUAUAGCAGCAGGCUGGGCAUGGUGGCACACACCUUUAAUUCCAACUUUCCAGAGGGAGGCAGAGGCAGGCCGAUCUCUGCGAGUUUGAGGCCAGCCUGGUCUACAAAGCAAGUUCAGGACAGAGAAACCCUGUCUUGAAAACCAAAACAAACAAACAAAAAACCCCACAAAGAUGUAGCAGCAAAACUGCUCUUUAACAAUUCAAAAACCCUCACAACUUCCAAAACAUAUUCUUCAACUACAAAUGUCAUCAAGAGUAAUUUCAGCAUAUAUUUUGAUUCUUUUCUUCACUUUUUAGUCUCUAAGUUGGAGGGAAACCACUGUAUUCCAAAAACAUACAGCAACUUUCUAGGAAGUCUUCAGUUAGAAGUUCUGGCUGUUGCUGUUUUCAGCCUUUUCAGCUCGCAGGCAGUGCUUGACUUGCUUCGGCUUUUUCUAUGGUGGGUGUCAUACACACCUUACAUUAGUUGAGGGGGCCGUUUACCUGGAACACCUGAUCCAGAAGUUCUAGGCUUCUUGAAGUAGAAGCAGGUUAACGACAGACAUGCUGGGUCUAGAGCAGUGGUACUCAACUGUGGGGUAUGACCCCUUUGGGGUUGGACAACCUUGACCCUUUCACGAGUCAUCUAAGAACAUUGGAAAACACAGAUAUUUAAUUAUGAUUCAUAUUAGUAGCAAACUUACAGCAACAAAAAUAAUUUUAUAGUUGGGGUCAGCACAACAUGAGGAACUGUAACAAAAGGGUUGCAGCAUUAGGAAGGUUGAGAACCAUUGCGCUAGAGGUGUGACUGAAAAUCCAGGAAGACUAAGACUGUACAUCCUCAGUUGUGAGAAAUUUCCAGCUCUUGGACAGUGAGGCUGUCUCGGCUUGCCUUGUAUGACAGCACACUGUGGGGAGCCAGUCAGCUCUUUAGCUUUAGAUGACAGAUUCUCUGGAAUGAUCUUUUGGCACAUUUCUUUCCCAGAAGUGAGUGAGGGGUUCCAUGUUCUUUGAUAAAUCUCUUUGAACAAAGUAACAAAGUGUGUGUAUAUAUAUAUAUAUAUAUAUAUAUAUAUAUAUAUAUAUAUGACCUAGGGUUAGAAGUUUUCUGAUACGAAUGAAGGCUUUCUUUCCCCUUAGCUAUUCAUGCCACAUGAAACACCUGUUUCUCGGCACUACCACAGUCAUUUGAAAUAUACUCAAACUUUUAGCAGAGUUUGCUUCCAUGACAGGUACCUUAUAGAAAGGGACAAGGAGCAAAGGAUUGAAUGGUCUGAAUUGUUCUUCUGUGGGUCCCUACAGGCCUCAUUAGUCCUGGGACACAGGAUCAUGUAACAGCACUAAACUGUAGCUUCAUUUUGGUCUCUAAGAGCCCAUUUGUGCAGGAGUGGAAUACAGCCACUUCAGCUUGGCCCAGUACUAGCUCUGGCCUGUCUCCUUUACACCUACUGUAUUCUAGGCUGUUGUGUUCAAGCAAGAAUUAUAACUAAACAUGAAAAACAAAUUUGUAGGUUUUAGUAUUCCACUGCUCUGCUGUUGGAUGUGGAUGGCAGUGCCAGUAUGAGUUACAAAUACUGGGAUCUGCUAAAGGUAUGCUGUUUCACUGAAGAUUCACAGCUUUGGUUUUCCGGUCAAUUGUUCUCUAGCUUAGGAACAAACAUCUGCUAGCAUCUGAAAAGUUCAUCACCAUACUUUGGGAGAAUUUAUGCCUCAUAGUAUUGGUACCAGUCCUGGGAAGAGUAAAUUCCAUCAGCCUGUUUGCCAAAGUCAGCUACAGAUUUCAUCCUUGUAUCUGUUGAUUCUUAGCCAAGGAAACUAAUUUAUAAUAUUUGGGGUAAUGAAGAAUAAGCUGUCAUUUUUCAUUUUCUGCAUCCCAACAUCCCCACCUCACAAAUGUUGAUAAAUAAGCAGCAUAGUAUCAACCCAAAGGGUGUUUUUCUUGGCUAGAGAAUGUUCAUCUUGCGCUUACAUCUGUAGGCACACAGACUGAGAAGCAGGUGAGUAGGUGAAAUGUGUCAUCUGAGCUAUGGGUUGAUUUGCAGUACCUCUCUUCCUCUGCCACUACUUCUUUGGUCUACAAGGUGCUGAUCUGUAAGCCCCCAUUUUCAUGUCAAUAUGGGGCUUUCUCCUGCAGUCCCUAACUUUUUCACAGUGAGUGUUUCACACACCUUUGCCUUCUCUGUUAAGCAUCAGCAUUUUCCCCGUAUAAGACUCUUGGCCUCACUAAGCAAUUUUCCACUUCUGAAUAAUUAUAUACAUUUUCUUCAUAUUUUGAGUCACCUGUUUUAAAUCUUUGCAAACAUCUACCUCCUUGUCUUUUUGUCUGUGAAGGACAGACUACAAGAGGAGGGGGAGUUAUUUUUAUCAUGUUUCAAAACAUCUAUGCCAAGAUUUCUUUGCACACCAAGAACUGAAGCUUGGAGCAUUUCUCUCAGCCCAGUUCUAGUGCCUUACGCUCCAGAAUGUCCAAUAGUGGACUGAGAUAGGAAGAAAGCAGAAUGUUGUCUGUGGGGUCUCAGCCCUCAUAUCAGUCCUCCUUCCUCAGAAUAUAAUCUGGGUGUGGGGUAAAAAGUUUCAUUGAACGCUUUUUAGUUCAUAUGUAACUCUCUGGUUGAUGCUUAAACUAUAUAAAGCACCAUUUUGAUCAUUAUAAAACUCUAGAAAUUUGCAUUUAGCUCCUUUCUUUCCUGUGUAGUGUCAGCAUGUGGUCCUAAGGAGAUUCUAGGUAUUGGAGUGAAUAAAAAACUUCUUGAGCAGACUCAGCUGACUUUGGACACAUGGAGUAACUGUGCUUUUUAUGACCAGAAUUAUUUCUAGAUCGCUGGAUUUCAAUUGAGAUUUUCUUUUCAUGUAUUAGGUGUAUGUAUAAAUGAAUAAAAUGAUGUUUUCAUAACUAC